AUGUACAUGGGCAUGAGUCCGUUUGAUGCACCGGCGACGUAUAGCUUGUUGCAGUACACAGAGUUGGCAGAGGGAAUUUUGUACCCAAAAGGCGGGUUUCAUAGAGUUGUAGAAUGCCUUGUCAAGGUCGGCCAGCGACUGGGUGUGGAAUACCGCCUGUCCACCUCAGUACAAUCUAUUUCCAUCGACAAGGCCACGAGGAAAACCAAUGGAGUCAUCCUUGAAGACGGAACCCUCCUCCCGGCAGACAUCGUGGUCUCGAUUGCGGACCUUGUCUACACAUACAACAAUCUUCUACCGGAAGCCUCCUAUGCGCGCUCUCUGUCCAAGCGCGAGGCAUCCUGUAGCAGUAUCUCAUUUUACUGGUCGAUUUCGAAGGUAAUUCCGAAGCUCCAGGCUCACAACAUCUUUCUUGCGGACGACUACCGAGAGUCCUUUGACAGUAUCUUCAAGCAACAUCUCAUCCCGGCGGAGCCGUCCUUCUAUGUCAACGUUCCUUCGCGGGUGGAUCCGUCGGCCGCCCCAGAAGGCAAAGACUCCAUCGUCGUGUUAGUUCCCGUGGGUCACCUGCUGUCGGACAAGUCAGGAACACAUAGGGGCACAUCCAAGUCAGCCAAUAGCACGGAAGAGACCGUCGCCUCGGAUCAGGACUGGGACUCUAUGGUAUCACUUGCCCGCAAAACGAUAAUCGCAACUAUUCAAUCCCGAAUUGGCGUGGACUUAUCCCCUCUCAUCAAGCACGAAACUGUUAAUACUCCAUACACAUGGCAAGACAAAUUCAACCUAGACAAGGGAACUAUCCUGGGAUUAAGUCACUCCUUCUUCAAUGUCCUUUCUUUCCGGCCCGGGACUCAACACUCGCAGUUCAAAAAUCUCUACUUUGUUGGGGCAAGUACGCAUCCAGGAACUGGAGUUCCAAUCUGUAUUGCUGGCAGCAAGAUCGUUGCCGAACAGAUUCUUCAAAACGCAGGGUUCUCGGAUGGCGAGAUCCCAUGGACUGCAGUGUACUAUGAGAGGGGGCGGGGCGAGCUGGAUAGGCUACAGAGCCAAUAUUUCCUUGGCCUACGAGGCACAUGGUUCAUUGUGCUGAUCGUAACACUGACCGUGGCCUAUUUCUUCACCAUUGUUAAGUAG